GGAGUCCGGUUCUUCAAAGCCCUUGUAAACUUCCCUUACCACAACGUAAGGCCCGCCUCUCCCCUCAUUCGAUUGGACAAUGCGCCCGACGCGAAUGACGUCGGGCGCUUCUCCGCUCUCAGCGCUUCUUCAAAAGCGCGUGCUGCGGCUAGCGGCAAAAACCUAAUUUGUAGGGGGCGUGGUAAGGCUUUGGCAAUCAGAUGUCUAGUAGCAGUCAAUCUGCUUCACAGCCAAUCACGGGCCCCCUACUUGUUCGGGCCCCGGGGCUUUAGCCCCGCCUAGCCCUAUGGUUAAUGCGGCCCUGUUGAUGUCGUCGCUUAACAUUUUUCACAGCUAUCAGCUGUGAUUCUCGUUGACUUUGAGUAAAAUUAUGGAAAGUUUUUCAUAAGAUCCCCUGGGGUCAUUGUGUUAGCACGAGAGAAGCUAGAUGCUCCCGAGUGCCUCUCGCGUAAAUUAUUAGAUGUUGAUGGCUUACGUUUCUUUCACAGGUUUAUCAAUGCUAUUAAAGUAUUAUUUCAUUUUUGUUUGUUUGUUGAUCACGAAGUACAAAGUAGAUGAGAAAAACUAGGACUCUGUGUACUCAACGCGCCGCCCGCCAUUGUUUGUUUACAAUGUGUGGAAUGGUGCACUGUAAUUUGUGGAGCGGAUUUAUUGCAUUCUGUAGAAAAGGAGGAGUGGCGUUUAUUGCAUUUUGGGAAAAAAGGGAGAAAAGAUGACAGAAUAACACAGCGAUAUUGGAUUUUGCGUAAAAUUAAGAAUUUACUUUUAAAUACUGACCUGAUAUAAUACUGAUUUUUGCAGUAACUCUUAAAAAUGGCGUUUAUUGCGUUUUGGAACCAAACUCUUCAUUUAGAGAUAAAUUGUAUUACAGUAGCAAAAAUGUACACUUCAGUACACUUUUAAAGUGUUUCUUUCUGGACAUAUGAGCAUAAAAUUGAAUGCAUUGAAUGCAGUCCUUGGUUUGUCUGACAUAUGCUGGAAACAUAUAAUCUACACAGUACCGAUAUUAAAAAUGUACUUCAUCAUAAUGAUCUAAAAGGCUAAUAAAAAGAUCACUAUAUAUCCCAGUAGAAAGUCAAGUCACUGGGCCAACAGCAGUCAAACAACAUUUUAGACCUGAUCCUACUGUAGAUUAUGGAUUACUUUGUUAUUAUAGACAUAAAAAAGAAUUUUGAAAAAUCUUUUAAAUGUGCACUUUUAGGAUGUAGCCCUAUUUUCCAUCUGUACACUGUUUGUUUAAAGUGUACUAGUUUUAGAAAUUACUGCCCAGAAAUGUGACAAUUUAAAAUCUGUAAAUGAAAAGUAUCAGCCAAAUAUAACUUGUCAUAUGUUUAUUAUUAUGUCAUAUGUUUAGACACUAUAAUGUGACUGUUUGCGUACUCCACCCACCAUGUAUGUCAUUGGUUAGUUUUAUAUGACAUGUUUGUGAUGUUAUUUAUAUAUCUGGGAAUUCAAGACUUAGAUGCACUCUAAAUGGAGUCCUCCUCACUGGCUGUGUCCAUGGUUGGAAUUAAAAGAUUUGGCAAUGGCCAAUAAGAUGCCAGUGAAUGAACUGGUACCACUUGGUCUUUUGCUCCUACCUUACUUGUCAGUAGUUGCCUGCACCUUAUUAGACAAUGAUUGCCGGAGAUUGGGUGAUUUUAACUCUCCGGUGCUGGAACGGGAUGGUGAUAUUAUAAUAGGAGGGCUGUUUCCAAUGCACAACAUAGCUUCAGAAACUGAGUCCACUUACACUGAGCUGCCGCAGCAUGAAGAGUGCAGCGGGUUUGAUUUUCGUGCCUUCCGGUGGGCUCAAACAAUGGUGUUCGCCAUUGAAGAAAUCAACAGUAACUCUGCUUUGUUACCAGGAGUGACGCUAGGUUAUCGGAUCUUGGAUAGCUGUGAUUAUAUCCACACCAGCCUGCACAGUACACUGGCCCUGGUGAACGGCACCUCUAGUCAAACACAUUCUGCUGGCAGUGCUGGUGCUAAAUGUCUCUCCACUGCCCCGGUAUCAGCUGUCAUCGGUCUGGCAUCAUCUUCACCUACACGAGCUGUGGCUCAUACUUUGGGUCCAUUCGGAAUUCCACUGAUAAGCUACUUUGCCACUUGCACCUGCCUUACAGAUAAGACAGAGUACCCAUCUUUUCUUCGCACUGUACCCAGCGAUGUAUUUCAAGUGCAAGGCCUGGUUCAGAUGGUUUCCCACUUUGGCUGGCGCUGGGUGGGUACGGUGGGCACAGAUGAUGACUACAGUAACUAUGGCAUCCAGGCCUUCACCGAUCAGCUUAAUCAACUUGGAGGCUGUAUAGCCUUUCACCACACUAUACCCAAAUCAGCUUCCCAGGCACAAAUCCACUCUAUUGUCAAUAGCCUAGAGGGUUCGACUGCUCGUGUGAUAAUAGCAUUUGCCACUGAAGGACAGCUGCUGAAGCUCCUAACCGAGGUUGCUCGUAGGAAUCUGACAAGGUGGCAGUGGGUAGCCAGUGAAGCUUGGGUGACGGCAAAACUUCUCACUGUUCCUGAACUUCAACCUGUCCUGACUGGAACACUGGGAUUUGCCUUCAGGGGUACCACUAUUCCUGGCUUGGCUGAGUUUCUCCUAAGUGUAAGACCUUCACCUAGAACUGAAUCGGUUUUUAUUAACAUGUUUUGGGAGGAACUGUUUGGAUGCAGGCUAGGUUAUGAUAACAACAGUGAGUCUGACUUACCUCUCUGUACUGGCUCAGAGGAUCUAAUGGACACUGAGACUAGCUACACUGAUUUUAUACCGGUGAGGAUUUCCUACAAUGUCUAUAAAGCAGUGUAUGCCAUUGGUCACGCUCUACAUCAGCUCUUACAAUGUCACUCCGAAGACAGAGUCUGUAACACUGCAUCACAGUUUUCUCCAUGGCAGCUUCUUCAGUACCUGAUAAAAGUCAAUUUUAUCAACCAGUUUAAUGAGAAAGUAUAUUUUGACAAAAAUGGAGAGCCUGUGCCCCUUUAUGACAUCAUAAACUGGCAAACGAAUGGCAGAGGUGCCAUUCACUUUCAGAUCGUGGGUAAAUUUGAUGGCUCUGCCCCACAAGUUGAGCAGCUUAAGAUAAAUGAGAGGUCAAUUCGGUGGGCAGGAGGACAUGUUGAGGUCCCUGUUUCUCUGUGCUCCCCUCCUUGCCCUCCUGGCACACGACAGGCCAGUCGACCGGGGCAGCCUAUCUGCUGCUUUGACUGUUUGCCUUGUGCUGAAGGAGAAUUCAGCAACAUCUCAGGUGCUACUGAGUGUAUGAAGUGUCCUCAGUACUACUGGCCAAACAAAGAAAGAGUCGCCUGUGUUGCUGGCAUAGAGGAGUUCCUCUCCUACCAUGAAAUUAUGGGCAUCAUUCUCAUUUCUCUGUCUCUCUUUGGGGUUGCCACGGCAGCUGUUAUCACAGUGAUCUUCUUCCUUUUUCGAAGCACGCCCAUAGUUAAAGCCAACAACUCUGAGAUGAGCUUUCUACUUCUGCUGUCCCUCAAACUCUGCUUUCUUUGCUCGCUGGUGUUUGUGGGCCGGCCUUCACCGUGGACGUGCCGUGCCCGACAAGCUGCGUUCGGGAUCAGCUUUGUUCUCUGCAUAUCGUGCAUACUUGUGAAGACCAUUGUGGUGCUGUUGGCCUUUCGUUCAACAAUGCCUGGGUCCAGUUCUUUAAAGUUAUUUGGUCCUGGACAGCAGAGGGCUUUUAUCUGCUGUUGCACAACAGGUCAGGUUAUCUUGUGUGCGUGCUGGCUGGCACUAGCGCCUCCAUACCCUUAUAAAAACACAUCUUACCAGGGAGGUAAGAUUGUUUUAGAGUGUAAAGACGUGUGGCCUUUAGGAUUUUACCUGGUGCUGGGUUAUAUCGGAUUGCUGUCUUGCAUGUGCUUUGCACUUGCUUUUCUUGGACGGAAACUCCCAGAUACAUUUAAUGAAGCUAAGCUCAUCACAUUUAGUAUGCUCAUUUUUUUUGCCGUGUGGAUCUCCUUUAUACCAGCAUAUAACAGCUCACCGGGGAAAUACACGGUGGCUGUUGAGAUUUUUGCCAUUCUCGCUUCCACUUUCGGACUUCUGUUUUGUAUUUUUGUACCUAAAUGUUACGUCAUUUUGCUAAGGCCUGAUUUAAACACUAAGAAGGGAAUGACUGGAAAAAUGUCAAAGUGACAUUUUAUUGACAUGCGUGACGUUGAUCAUGUUUAGUUACACACAAUUUGUCAUAUUCAUAUAUUCUGUAUUUAUUGAUGAUUGUAUCUAUUGCAUUUAUGCAUUUGGCAGAUGUUUUUAUGUGUGUUCUCUGGGAUCAAACCUACAACCUUUUGCAUUGCUAAUGCAAUGUUUUACCACUGAGCUACAGGAGCAUGUUAUAUUUUUCAAACUGUAAAGUUUAUUUCCUUAUUGUUACAAGUUUGUCUUAACAUCAACAGAAGCAGUGCUCCUAAUUUUGUUGUAAGUAGAGCUAUGCAAUCACAAAAAAGGCUUUUAUUCAUUCAUUCAUUCAUAGUAAAAGGAUUCUGUAAAUUUGCAUUUUUAUUCAUAAAUAAUACCUGAUGACCAUGUUGACAAAUAAAGCCAUUUAAAAAAAAUUUAUUUGACUUUUAUUUUUAAAGAUGAAGGAUCUGCAUAAACACAACAUAAACAAACU